AUGACUGCAACACAAAAUGAAAUUCAACUAUUGAUUGAAUGUUGCAUAUGUUGUGAUUAUUUAACUGAUGUUCGUGAAACUCCUUGUUGUCAUCAACUAUUCUGUCUUUCUUGCAUUCAAUCAUGGCUUCGACAAUCUAUUCAAAAUUGUCCUCGAUGUCGUUCAACGACAUUAACUGAACAGACAUUAACAAAAAAUAUUGUCAUUCAACGUUUUGUUGACAAUCUUCAAUUUGAUUGUCCAUAUAAAUUACAAGGUUGUCCAGCUAAAAUACCUCGAAGUGAAUUGACUAAUCAUAAAAGAUCAUGUUCCUAUUCACCGGAUACAUUAACGCAUCAACGACAACAGAAAUUAUCUCAAUUACGACUUAAAUUACGACAAUAUAAUAAUUCGAAGAAAAAUACAAAUGACAAUGUAUUAUACGAUUUAGCUAAAGCAUUUCAUAAUGAACGUGUAUAUGAUGAAGCACGACAAUGUUUAAAAAUGAUUAAGAAUACACAACAUACGUUCGGUAGUCUUAUUCUUAAUGCACAGAUUGAACAAGACGAUGGUCAAUAUGAUAAAGCAUUAGAAAUUUAUACACGUGCUUAUUCGAAAACAAAGUUAAUACCUCAACAAAUCGAAGUACUUUUGGCUACAGGACAUAUUUAUUUAAAAAAAGCAAAAUAUACAGAAGCUAAAGAUACAUUUAUUCGAGCACUUGAUCUUCUACAAAAUAAUGAUCAAUCGGAGAAAAAAGCUGAAAUUUUCAAUGGUAUUGGACUUGUUGCUAAGAAAUGUUCUGAUUAUGAUCAAGCUAUUUCAGCCUAUAAUAAAGCACUUGAAAUCGUUGACACAAAUUCAAGUUUUUGGUCAGAAAUUGCUGCUAAUCUAGCAGAUAUUUUUCGGAAAAAAGGUAAUUAUAAUGAAUCUCAUGAACUCUAUUUAAAAGCACUUAAACAACUGGAAUCAAUGCAUGGUCAAAAUCAUCCAUCAAUUGCCGAGAUUAUGAAUAAUUUGGGUAUUCUUUUGAAGAAAGAGGGCAAAUAUAUUGAAGCAUUAGAUUAUCUCAAACAAGCUUUGAAGAUAUCCAAACAUUAUUAUGGUGAUAAACAUGCAUCUAUUGGAAUGUAUUUGGGAAAUAUUGGUGAUAUUUAUCGAAAGCGAGGUGAUUACAAAACAGCCGAAGCCACAUAUAAAGAAGCACUGGUAGCAUUGGAAGCAUCAUUAGGACCUAAUCAUAUUGAAGUAGCCGAAGUACUUAAUUCAAUGGGUCUCGUAUUAAAGAAGAGAGCUGACUACGAUGGAGCAAAAGUACUCUAUACACGAGCAAUUAAAAUUAUUCACGAUACAUUUGGUCACGAUCAAGAACAUUAUAAAUUGGGUAUCUAUUACAAUAAUCUAGCAGAUCUCGAUCGAAAAAGAAAUAAUUUCGAAGAUGCUCUACGUCUCUAUCAACGAGCUUUGACAGCAAUCGAAAAAACACUUGGUCCUGAACAUUCUGAAGCAGCUGAAAUUUUACACAAUAUUGGACAAGUUCAACAUCAACUCGGUAACUUUGAACAAGCCAUCAAUCAUAUUGAUCGAGCACUUGCUAUUAUCAAAAAGGAAUUCAAUGAUCGACAUCAUAAAUAUGGAAUUUUUCUUAAUUCUCUUGGUCUUGCUUAUGCAAUGAUGGAUGAUUACACUACAGCUUAUGUACAUUUGAAACAGGCUCUACAAAUUUUAUUGACUUCAUUAGGUGUUGAUCAUAUUGAAGUUUGUGAUGUUUAUUCAAAUUUAGGCGAUAUUUGUAUGAAAAUAGUAGCUGAAAUAGAUAGUAAACCGAAAGAUGAACAACAAAACCAAGAACCAACUGAAAAACAAGUCAAAUUGGAUGAAGCAAAAAAAUAUUAUUCGGAAGCUCAUCGAAUUGUUCAAAAAACUUUCGGUGCUGAACAUACAAAAGCAAAACAAUGUCUUUCCCUUUUAUUUAUUGUUGAUAAUUACCAAGCUUUAUAA